AUUUUAUUUAAUUUUUUACAGUGAUAGGUGGUAAUAAACAUCACUCUUUGCAUUUAACUUAGGGAUGAGUUGCAGAUUCCACGACUUAAAUGUGUAAAUGUCAUUAUUAAAUGUUACAUUUUAAAUGCAUACCUUACAAAAAAGAGGGGGUGGGGGGGAUGUACUCGAGUAGAUUUACAACAUAUACAACAGCUCCCUCGCUUUUCAUCUUCCGGAUUUUGCAUUUUUCCAUUUGAUGCAGCGAGCGCGCUUCCUGUUUCCUUCCCAACGUGCUUCUGAUGGCGGAACGAUGACGGAUCGUUAAUUUUGCCCGUCGCAAAAGAUGGCUCGAUGUUCUCACGCAAUGAUAUCAUAACGUCGUUGACGUGGACGGCGACAAUAAAUUAUGAAUUUGCUCGCUUAUCACGUGGAAGCAGCGUCUGAAUAAUUUAACCCCUACGUUACUACACGAGCGCGCGUCCCUUUUUGCAGCACCGGUGAAGCAUCCCUCCCUGCGACGACCUUAAUCCCUACAAUGAUGAUUUUUUCGCCUUCAGUGCUGCGGUAAGUUAUGAUAAAUCACUGGUAGCGUUUAUGAUGAGAAUUAUACGGUAGGCAAACGGAAAUGCCUCCUGCUUGUUAUCCACCUGCCUUUGGACUACGCCACCGUGUCGCGCUGCCGUGAGCCGCAGCACCGCACAUCAGCAUCGGCACAGCUGGACAGCGGCAGCCUGGAAGCUGUUUGGACUCUCUUUCCGAUGUCACCCAUUCGCUGCAAAGGAUGCUUUGGUGAGCAAGUGAUGUAAUGCUAAAUUGCUUCUCCAUCUGUUCCAGUAAAACAGACUCAUCUACAUCUUAGAUGACCCGAGGCGUUGCUUCACCUUCGUGUGGAAGCAUGUGGUAAUGAUGCUCCUCUGAAGGACACUGAACAUCUCAGCUGCUUUCUGUGUGACCUCCCAUUCUACGAGACCAAACCCCAAAGCUUCUUCAGAUCUUCUCAAAGUAUCAGCUCCAUUUCUUGCAGCCCUUUGCCCCAUAACCAGGCUACAAGAUGAGCGGGCUCUUUGCCAAACUUGACCCGCGGCGAGUUCAAUGGGGGGCCAACUGGUUUGCCUUCCAGUCUCGCGUCCUGCGCACGAAGCCGGUGGAGUCCAUGCUUGAGAGCACGGGAGGCACUGGAGCUCACGGCACUAAACUUGCCCGCGUUCUCUCCACCGUGGACCUCGUGUCUUUGGGAGUGGGAAGCUGUGUGGGCACUGGCAUGUAUGUGGUGUCUGGACUGGUGGCUAAGGAAAUGGCAGGGCCCGGGGUCAUUGUGUCUUUCAUCAUCGCUGCUGUGGCCUCCAUCCUGUCAGGGGUGUGCUACGCUGAAUUUGGUGUGCGUGUGCCUAAAACCACAGGAUCGGCCUACACUUACAGCUAUGUGACAGUGGGAGAAUUUGUGGCUUUUUUCAUUGGCUGGAAUCUGAUUUUGGAGUACCUGAUUGGUACAGCAGCAGGUGCCAGUGCACUCAGCAGUAUGUUUGACUCGCUGGCCAAUCACAGUAUCAGCGGCUUCAUGAUCCAGCACAUAGGAACGCUCAACGGCUUGGGUAAAGGAGAGCAGGCGUAUCCGGACAUCCUGGCCCUGGUCAUAGUCAUCCUGGUCACAGUAAUAGUUGCCCUAGGCGUGAAGAAUUCUGUCGGGUUCAACAACGUGCUGAAUGUCAUCAAUCUGGUGGUGUGGGUGUUCAUAAUGAUCGCAGGCCUGUUCUUCGUCAGUGGCAGCAACUGGGAUGAGGGGCGGUUCCUGCCUUAUGGCUGGUCAGGGGUCAUGCAGGGUGCAGCCACUUGCUUUUAUGCCUUUAUUGGGUUUGACAUCAUAGCCACCACCGGAGAGGAAGCCAAGAGUCCCAACACAUCCAUCCCCUACGCCAUCACUGCCUCUCUGGUCACCUGUCUCACUGCUUACGUCUCUGUGAGUGUGAUCCUUACUCUGAUGGUCCCCUACACUGACAUUGACACGGAUGCUCCACUGAUGGAGAUGUUUUCUUUACAUGGCUUUCAAACUGCCAAAUAUAUAGUGGCCAUCGGCUCCAUUGCAGGACUGACAGUCAGUCUGUUGGGCUCUCUCUUCCCAUUGCCGAGAGUCAUCUAUGCCAUGGCUGGAGAUGGUUUGCUCUUCAGGUUCCUGGCCCAUGUGAGCACAUACACAGAGACUCCUGCAGUGGCCUGUGUGGUGUCUGGCUUCCUCUCUGCUCUCUUGGCCUUGCUCGUCAGUCUGAGGGACCUGAUCGAGAUGAUGUCCAUUGGCACUCUGCUAGCCUACACGCUGGUGUCAGUUUGUGUACUACUGCUGCGUUACCAGCCUGAAGGAGACAUUCACGGAUUCGUCAACUUCCUCUCUGAGCAGAACGCAAAGCGUAAAGAGGGAGUUUUGGCCGAGUGUGAGAAGGAAGCCUGUUCUCCGGUCAGCGAGGGUGAAGAUUACGGAGGAGCUCCAACAAACACUUGCGGAGCCAAGAACUUGCCGUCUUUAGGAGACAAUGAGAUGCUGAUCGGUAAACCUGACAAGUCCACCUACACCGCCAGUCACCCCAACUAUGGCACAGUGGACAUGUCCUCCGGCAUUGAGUCAGACGAGACAGAUAGCGUGUACCUGCUGAAGCUGAAGAAGCUGCUAGGGCCUCGCUAUUACACCAUGCGCAUUCGACUCGGCCUGCCGGGCAAGAUGGACCGGCCCACCAUGGCCACUGGUCGUAUCGUCACCCGCUGUGUCAUUCUGCUCUUCAUCCUCAUCUUCUGCUUCUGCUCCCUCAUCAUCUUCGGGUCGGGUCAGAUCGCUGAUGGUCAGUGGUGGGCCGUGUUGCUGUUGGUGCUGCUGAUGCUGGUCAUCACGCUCCUGAUCUUCAUCAUCAUUCAGCAGCCGGAGAACCCCAAGCGCCUGCCCUACAUGGCUCCCUGCGUUCCCUUCGUCCCGGCCUCGGCCAUGCUGGUAAACGUUUACCUCAUGCUCAAGCUCUCCACCAUCACAUGGAUCCGUUUUGGUGUGUGGUGCUUUGUGGGUGUUUUGAUCUACUUCGGCUACGGCAUGUGGAACAGCACCCUGGAGAUCACGGCACGCGAGGAGGAGGCCCACGCCAGCACAUACCAGCGCUACGACAUGGGUGUGGAUGACAACUUCGCAGUGGAUGACGAUCUGUACCCUUCUGGAGAAGGAGGGCCGUACCAAAGCUGGGGCUCCCAUGAGGGCAAAGGUGGGCACCAGAAACAGCAACGACAGCAGGAACAGAGCGAGCCUCAGUCUGAUGGCCUGGACAGGGUGGACAACCACAGGACCUCCUCUUCCUCCUCACACAGCAGGGCCAAAAGCAAAGCCAGCAAACCCAGUCCGGGCUUUGAGGCGCUGGUGGUCGAUGACGAUUUGGACGAUCCCUUGGAAUGAGAAUGUAAUCCGAAUGUACUCGCCUGCCAACAACUGCAGAACCCUUGGGCUAGGUUGUUAAUACUCUGCAAUGAGUUUGUAUUUUAUUUUUAUUCCUUCAUUUGCAGCCCUUUUUCACUUCUAAUAGAUUAACGAGAAUGCAUAAAAUGGGAUUUAACUUUUAGAAGGCUUUUUUUGACCACACAGAACUUAAACAGCCCAAAUAUUCCUUCUUUUUUAAAAUCAAUUUUAACAGUUUGAUCCCUAAUUCUCACUUAAUCAUGUUAUCAAACUCUUCAGCACUUAAAUAUCUAAUCUAUUGUCUUUCACUUGAAAGUCCCCCUAACUCAAAUUACAGUAACUAGCAUGGAAUUUAUUACCCCGGUGCGUAGUUUAUUACUGUCCUGUUAGUUAUCACACUCCCACAGCCGUUCCCGAUAUUAGCGUCUUUCAGCUGUCAGGAGGAUGUCCGUUCACAGGUCACUUCCUGUAGUCUAUUAACCCCAGCAUUAGGUGGGGUUGAUAUCAAACCAGAAAACAUGUGAAGCCUCUAAAACACUUAAAGCGAUUUGCACACUUUUGUUAUUCAGUAAGCAGCUGUUUCAAUACUGCAUACAAAAAGUUUGUUUCGAGAAGCAAAGAUAGAAGAUAGCCAUAAUUGCUGACAAGUUAUGAGUGACCCAGUUGAAUCAAAGGCCUUGUUCUCUUCCGCUCUAACAUCUAGCCCAAGUGAGGUUUGGACUGUAGGUUGUCACAAAUAGUAAUUGGACUUUGCUUGCAAUAGUGCCUUCAUCUGUCAGUGUGUGGUUUAAAUUUGACCAUCAAGAUGUCCAUGCGUGUUUGUUUGUCAUUUCUGUUGAUGCUGUCAUAUCCAUGGGUUUGUUUUCCUGGUGAUGGUGCCUGUCAGCCGUCCUGUGUCACCAUCGACCAUCCAUCCAUCCAUCCUAUGUGGCAGUGACUCCACUUCAUCCUUGCAAGCAGGCAGCUCUGUGUAAAUACUGACGGUGUGACCACAGUACGAUUUGUGUCUCUCGGCUGGUCAGUGUGUCCGAUAAAAAAAAAAAAAGGUGUAGGAAAACAGAGGGAGUGAAAUUUGCAUGUGGUGGGGAGCGUGUUGUGAAUUCUUUAUCUGGCUGUGCUCUUCUGCUCUUCCCCCAUAAUUCACGUGGCGUUCGAUUGAUCUGUCCAGUCUAACUCUAUCUGUGCUACAGCUCUGCCAGCCGAAAUAGGCAAAAAAAAAAAAACAACAAAAACAACCAAGCCAGGCCUCAAAUCUAUAAAUUUGGAAGGCCACAUGUGUUCAACAUGCAGUGAGCACAUCAUACCAUACUGCUUAAAUGUAUGUCCCUCAAAUAUGUUGAAAUGAUAAAAAACCAAACAUCGCGUUACCAUAAAUGAUUUGCAAACUGGCUCUAUAGAGUUUCAUUUUGGGGCCUGGGUUGGUUUUGUUCCUUGCAUCUGGUCUAUGAUGUGAUUCUUUGUCUUUGCCGUGGCAUUUUGCUGAAUGUGUAGCAUGUUCAGAACAAACGGGCCCGGAGUAAAACUAUGUUUGUGAGUAUUUGCAUGUGUGGUGACCGUUGAAAGACUUGAUGUAACUCUCAAAUGUAGCAUUCUGAGAGACGAGGGUAGCAGCCUGCCCACCGUACACCCCUCGAAACCCUCCUAACCCAAGUGGCCUCUGUUUACAAAGCAAGCCAAAGUCUGCAACCUUUGUUUACUGUAUCCGACAAAAGACACCAUUUUACUUCCGUAGAGUAGAACACCAUAUAACAGUGUGGAGAUGUGCGAUAUCGAAGAGAAGUAUUUUUUUACAGGCAUUUCAUACCUUCAGGUUCUCCGCUGGGUAGCGUAGCCACCGCCGGUGGUGUUUUGUGGGUUCAGAAGAACUUCUAAAGAAAAGUGGUGAAAGCAUAUAUUUUUAAUGAGCUAUUUCUAAAACCGUAACUGGAGACGUUUGGAUUUUGAUUUCAUAGUUUUGAUUUAAAUAAAUAUUAGCACAUAAGAAUAGACUUAAAGAGGGCAAGUUUUUAAAGGGAUAGUUCAGCCCAAAAUGAAUGUUCUGUCAGCAUUUACUCACCUCAAAUCAAAGAUAUUCGAAAAUCUUUUUCUUGUCUGUACAACGGUAUUCAAUGAUGCUGUUUUGAGUUCACCAGAAGUCAUGUUUUUGAGUAAAUAAUGACAGAAUUUUCAUAACUUUCCCUUUAAAUAAGAUUAAAAACCUACGUACAGAAAUAUUUUAUUAAAAAUCUGUCUGUAAAAAGAAAAAAAUGUUUCCACUAUUGCUUUUAAAGUCAGCUACUAUUUGUUAUUUGUCUCUGAGAAAAGGUACAGUGUUUGUACUUCGUAAACUAUCUUUCCUGCUAUCAUAGUUUGUUCGGUAUUUGUUCAGGAAAUGUGGAGAUUGGCUUCCCUUGCAAAUCUGAUCUUUGUUUCUGCUGUAUAUUUUGGUAUGAAGUGGAUGUAUUCUGGUUUCAAUGAUUUUUUUAAAGAAUCUAUUUAUUGUUUCUUCUACUUGUGGUUUUGCUCUCCCGUUGCACUGUGUAAUGAGAUGUUAAUAUUGCUUCCAUGCAACAAUGAAAGUCAUUUAUUGCAGAUCAGA